AGAGGAGGGUGUGUGUUUGCCCCACUCCUCUUCUCACAUAAUAAUAAUACACAAACUUCAGAGUUUCCGCAAUUCACAUUCCUUUUUCCCGUAACUCGCCAAUACAUCAUUACACAUAUACAUACAAAAACAUACACAACCAAACGUUAUGUAACUGCAAAAACAUAAUAAACGAGGAUUCCACACUCUCUCUAGUCAAAGAGCUUCAUGGCGAUGGUGUGACCAACCCCAAAAAAGUAGUCCUUCACAUGUUUCUUAAGUUUCAAGCAUUGAAUUGUUUUUUUCCUUUCCUUUUAUAAAUAGUGAAGACUUAUCUUCAUUUUUUUCAUAAUAGCUAAGAUUUAUUUUCCUUUUUGAAAAUAACUAAAGAUAUCUUUCUCUUAAUUGUUAGAUAUAAUUUUCUUACUUGAUUGUGCUUUGUAUUUAGAUGAUGAAAGUGAGGAAUUGGGAGAAGAAGUGAAGAACAUAUUAAGAUGAUAUAUGUCUUCUUCUCCUGAGUCACUAAAAACAUCAACAAAGAGAGAAUCCAUUAUUAUAUAAUGUAUAGAGAGUGAAGAGAUUUAUCAAAAAUAUUUUUUGCAAUCAUCAUUCUUGGAGUUAAUAAUGCCAGUCCCCCUUGCACCAUAUCCAACACCUCCAGCGCCGGCGAUGGCGCCGUCGUACACUCCUCCGCCGGCACAUGGUAGUACAAGUGGGCAGAGCCAGUUAGUGUGUUCAGGUUGCAGAAACCUUCUGAUGUACCCCGCCGGAGCAUCCUCUGUCUGUUGUGCCGUCUGUAACGCCGUCACUGCCGUUCCUCCGCCGGGAACGGAGAUGGCACAGUUGGUGUGUGCAGGUUGUCAUACACUUCUUAUGUACAUUCGUGGAGCUACAAGUGUUCAGUGUUCUUGUUGUCACACUGUUAAUCUUGCCCUCGAAGCGAAUCAAGUGGCACACGUGAACUGUGGAAACUGCAGGAUGUUACUGAUGUAUCAAUAUGGAGCAAGAUCUGUGAAAUGUGCCGUUUGUAACUUUGUUACAUCCGUUGGGGCUUCAGCGAGCACGAGUGAUGCGAAAUUUAACAGUUAAAACUUGGACCAAACCUAUCAAUAUAGAGGAAGAAUCAACUCUUUUUAUCUAUCUCUCUUCGAUCAAGAAUCCGGCGGUGUGAUGUUUUAUGAGUUUGAAAUCAGAAGUAAAUUAAAGUAAUAUGUAAUCUGUCGAAAUUUUAUGACUAUGGCCUCUUUGUCCGUUUGUAUAGGGCUAUCUAUCUAUCUAUCUCUCUUCAGUUUCUUUGUUUUGUUUUAGUUGGUUUUCUUUUCUCACCAGUUUGUAAGAGUGGUUCAUAAAUCAAAAAGCUAAACUUUUAUGGUGAAGAAAAUAGAUUCUUAAAUGCUAA